AUGCUUACAGAUAUUAACGAUCUAUUUUCAAUCGAUGAUGAAAUCCAAAAAGUGCAGAAACAAAGAGAUAGCUUGAUAGUGCAAUUGAAGACAGCCCAACAGAACACUAUACCGAAUAAUGACAGCAAUCAUGAGAACCAAGCUGAGUCCAUUGCUAACGAUAUAGAAUACAACGCUAACAACAUCGUUGAAAUAAAGAAAUUAAAGGAGAAAUAUGGAAAUUUACAAAUCUUUCAGAGAUUAGAAGAUUUCUAUCGCAAACAAGAGGUUCAUGACUCUAAUUUGAGAAAAUUAGAUGAAUUAAACGACGAAAUAGCACAAUUGUCACAGCAGGAACCUAAAGAUUUCAAUAUAGAGGAAUUGACCAAAGUUUCUUCUGAGUUGAAAGAAUUGGAGUCCGAAUUACAAUCAACAAACGAUAUCGAGAAAGUCAAUAUAUUAAUAUCUGACUUCAAUACAAAUGUUCUUACAAAGAUUGCAAAUGAUAUUGGGAAUGCAUUUAAAGAAAAACUUUUGGAAUCAAAAUGGGACACUAAAUCAACGAUUUCCAUUGAAACUAAAGAGAUUACCGAAUUAAGACAAACAUCUAGUUUACUCUACAAAAUUUCUGAUCUAUAUCUUCAAACUGAUGAACCUAUCUUAUGGAAUUUCAAAUGUCUUGCAAACAAUUUCAAUAUCAGAUUCAUCUAUCAUUUCCAUGACUCAACUUCCAACAUAGAAACAUAUUUCAGGUACUUAAAUGAAUAUUUGACAACAAAUUUAUAUAAAUGCAUCAACUUGUUCCACGAUCAAACAAACGGUCUAACCAAACAAUUGAUUCAUGAACAAUUCAUUAAUUAUGUAUUAGAACCGAUAAGAGAAAAAGUACAAUCCACACUAUCACAAAAUGAUUCCAAAACGUUGAUAAUCUUAAUAUCUCAAAUCAUCUCCACGGAUAAGAAUCUAUUAAAAUCAUUCCAUUAUCAAGGAAAAGGGCUUGCAUCAUUGUUAACUGAUGAACUAUGGGAUAAAUGGAUACAGUUUGAAGUUACCACAUCUACUAGGCAAUUUGAAACAAUAACGAAUGAUCCAAAUGAUUUACCUGACACUGCUGCAGAUUUUAUUAAAUUACUAAACAAGAUUUAUGACUAUUUAGAACCAUUUUAUGAUCUGGAAUCAGAGUCAAUACAAAGAUAUAAAUUGAUCACAUGUUCCCAAAUAUUUAUGAAUUUGACCUCGGCAUAUUUGGAUUAUGUCCUAACUGUAGAUUAUCUUGGUGAGAAACGUACCAAGAUGCAGGAAUUGUAUCAAACAAUGAUCAAAAUGCAAAACUUACAUUUAGUAUACAAGAAAAUUUAUCAUCUUUCAGGGAAGCCUAUUUUUGUUCAUUUGACGAAUAUAGUUAAUGAGAAGGAAUCCAAACGAUAUAAUUCAUUGUUUCAAGAUAUUUUGAGGGAUUAUAGAAAGAACAUGGAAGAUGAUAUCCAAAAUUCAAUAAUACAUAGAAUUCAGAAACAAAUUAAAGAAUCAUUGAGAAAUUAUUUUAAGAUUGGAUCUUGGUCUGUAAUGGAAAAGAAUAACGAUACACCAAUGGCAGUAAGUUCAGAACUGGUGACUGUAAUAAAUGCAAUGAAUGAAAUCAUAUCAAGGCUUGAUUCUUUAGAAAUGCCCUAUGAACUACAAUUAAACAUAAAGAAUGAACUUUUAAACAUCAUUGUGAAUUAUUUCAUCGAAUCAAUUUUAAAAUUGAAUAAAUUUAAUCAAUAUGGGUUACUCCAAUUUAAAUUAGAUUAUGAGACUUUGAAAACUACUUUGCAACUUCCAACACACUCGAAUAAUUCUCAAGAUUAUAAAAUAUUGAGACUCCUACAAAUUUUGAAUAUUAAAUAUGACAAUGAAUUGUAUUCUAAGUAUGUCUCUAAAGAAUAUAUCAAAAUGGCGAACUUUGACAAUUUGAGACAUGACCUAUCAAUCACCAAUCUUUCAGACACAGAUAUCCAAGAUGGAUUGUACAGGAUUAUAUACGGAAAUAUUAUAUGA